GCUCCCCAACUGUCUGGUUGAUGCUCUUGGGACAAAAGGCCAGCGAAAUAUUCCUUGGACAUUGUGGCUUAACUUCACGCAUUUGGGGGUGUGAAUCGUCACCCUGUGGAGCCACACAUGAUGCGCAUGCCAUUGUGCAGCACAAAUUACGAGCAAUGUGCAUUGAAAGUUAUGUCGUAUUUGUGUUUGGAUAUAUUUGCCCAAAACAUACACAUACUUAAACUGGGUUCUCAAAGGUUUAGUUUUUUUUUCUGCUCGAUAAUAAUAAAAAUAAUCUUACUAUGUGUUAACUGCUGUGGCGAAAUACGAUACAAGACAAGAGCCAUUGGCUAUUUUUAUGUAGUGUGAAGAUCUUCAAAUUUUGCAUGGUGCAUUUGAAAAGUCACUUGAACAGCAACUCCAAUCCAACGGGUCGGAUUCACUUGAGAAUGCAAAAAGACACAAUGUUCAGUAGUUUGUGUAUUUUGGCUCAGUUUGUUUGAAGUGUGUUGACUGUGUUGAUUUCGGCCCCCCUCACUUGGUCCCGUGAUUUACUUACUACAAAAACAUGUAUUGUGCUUGUAUGUUUGCGGAUUAGUUCUACUGAAGGGGAUCUUGUGCUAUCCAAACAGAGGAUAUGAUGGCAUGAGAGGGGAGUGCUAUAUUAACUCUUUCGGGGACAGCGGUCACUACAGUGGACGGCUGAUCAUGUGAUCAUGUUACCGGGUGCAGAACAGAAUCAACUUGAAAAAAAAAAAGGUUCACGUAGAUGCAAUAUCAAAGUAUUGAUUGACCAGCGCACUGUUAUUGCCGCUGACUCUGAGGCAGGUUUCUCACACACAAAUUCGCGAAAGCGUAUUGGAACACACGCUUCAUAUUUUGCAGUACCGCUCAACUUUUUCAGCGGUCAAAUUCUCUGCCCUCUCUGUCCCUGUUGCUCUCAUUGGGACUUGCUCGCACUGCCUCUCCCAAUAGGUCCGCACCCCACCCCUCCUCGCCCACUGCACCGUCUCUCUCUGUCUCUCAUACUCUGGGGGGAGAUAGCGUUGUUUGUUGUUACAAGCCCCAAGUUCGAUCCCACCACUCUCAAGAGAGAAUAGAAGAGGGAGCAGACUGUUGUGGGCCCUCUGACAGGGGCGACGAGGGACGGUCCACUCCAGGGAGCAUCCGAUGGGAGUUCAAUGUUCUUUCCAGCUCAGUUUCCCCCCCCCUCCACUAAGGCUGAUUCGACACGACUGGAUGAUGAAAGGCAACUUUUUGAUAUCAAUGUUAUUGGAGAGCAUUUUUAAAAACAGAAAAUGGUCCGGAGGCUUUUGUUAAGCAAAUGCGUGUUAUGGCUUUGGUGUUGAUUCGGAUGAUCUCAGUCUUAGGGUCUUAGAAGGACGGCAAACGGACCUAAAUCAUACCAGCGAUGAGCUGAAAAAGAGUGUGAAGUGAAGAAUUUGUUCAGUCGGCUCCAAUACGGGCGGCUGACAGCUUCCUUGGUUUCCACGCUUGGUUUGCUUUGCCCUCUGAACUUUCUCCGAGAUGAGAUGCCGAAGCUCUGCAAUGCGAGGUCUCACGCAGCCAGCGCUCAUUGCCUUUUGAGGCAUGUGCUCCACAUGUCCGCUUCCUUCCUCCCCAUGUAAACAAGUGGACUUGAACAGAAUGCUGCACUCAGGAGACGGAUCAUAAAUUGAAUUUGCACCUUGAUGCACUCUGAUCUGCCGAUUUUGCAUGGAGUUGGAAGCCAAGCGUUUCCAGCGAAUCGAGGAAAUACCGAGAGGGACUCCCGUGGGCAGACUUAACGUUCACCAGUGUCCUUUGCUCUUUUGGUUUCCUCUAAUCUGAUCAAAAGACAACGUGAACUGUUUCUUCAGUUCAUUCCAGCAUGGCGGGGUUUGUCACAACACAGACUUGGUUUCUCCCUCGCAUUUAACGCUUUCUAUUUCAACUGGCUGCUUAUCAACUUUGGGACGACAUGAUGAACAAAGACUCUCGCUUCCAACGGAAGACGCACGGCAACUUUUCAACCCGCAGGCACUCAUGCAUUGGCUUUGAUGUGGAGAAUGGCUUGUCGGCGGGGCGCAGUCCAAUGGACGCUCAAGCCAGCCCGAACUCUGGUGGUCUGGUCUUACAGGGCAACUUUCCUCACAGCCAGCGACGAGAAUCGUUCCUCUACCGCUCCGACUCGGACUUUGACCUGUCAUCCAAAGUUCCUUUGAGAAAUGCCUCCGCAACGAGUGACUUGGAAGAAAGCUUGAAGCACUGGGAAGUCAACUGGUUGUCAUCUCGACAUACAGAAGACAUGAUUGUCACACCAUUUGCACAGGUCCUCGCCAGCCUGAGGACAGUCCGAAGUAACUUUGCUGUCAUAGCUGGCCAGCAAGAUCGUCCAGCCAGCAAAACCCGAUCUUCUGGCAGCAACCCGCCAUCCAUGUGCAAUACCAGUCUGGCAGAGGAGCCUCACCAGCAGUUAGCCAUCGAGACUCUGGAUGAACUGGACUGGUGUCUGGAGCAGCUGGAGACCCUGAAAACCCGGCACUCUGUCAGCGAAAUGGCCUCUAACAAGUUCAAGAGAAUGUUGAACCGAGAACUCACCCAGCUGUCCGAGACCAGCCGCUCUGGUAACCAAGUCUCUGAGUUCAUCUCAAGUACCUUCCUAGAGAAGCAACAUGACAUGGACAUCAUGGCUCCUCCCACGAAGGAAGAGAAGAAGAAGCGACCCAUGUCCCAGAUCAGUGGUGUGAAGAGGCCUACUCACAGUCCCAGCCUCGCACCCACUGCCAUCCCUCGCUUCGGGGUCAACGCCACCCAGGAGGGUCUUCUAGCCAAGGAAUUGGAGGAUAUCAACAGAUGGGGAAUUGACAUCUUUAAGGUCUCUGAGCAUUCUGGGAAUCGUCCGCUGACGGUCACCAUGUACACCGUUUUCCAGGAACGCGACCUGCUCAAGUCUUUCAAGAUUCCAGUGGACACUUUCAUCACCUUCAUGAUGACUUUGGAGGAUCACUACCACGCAGAUGUGGCAUACCACAACAACAUCCAUGCUGCCGACGUCGUCCAGUCCACUCAUGUGCUACUUUCCACGCCUGCACUCGAGGCCGUGUUCAGCGAUCUCGAGAUCCUCGCCGCACUCUUUGCUAGCGCCAUCCACGAUGUGGAUCACCCUGGGGUUUCCAAUCAGUUUCUCAUCAACACCAACUCCGAGCUGGCCUUGAUGUACAAUGACGCAUCCGUGUUGGAGAACCACCACCUGGCUGUCGGCUUUAAGCUUCUGCAAGAGGAGAACUGCGACAUUUUUCAAAACCUCAGCAAGAAACAGAGACACUCGCUCCGCAAAUUAGUUAUUGACAUGGUGCUCGCCACUGAUAUGUCCAAACACAUGAACCUGCUGGCAGACCUCAAAACAAUGGUCGAGACCAAGAAGGUCACCAGUUUGGGGGUUCUGCUUCUGGACAAUUACUCAGACCGCAUUCAGGUCCUUCAGAACAUGGUGCACUGUGCAGAUCUGAGUAACCCCACCAAGCCGCUGGAGCUGUACCGGCAGUGGACGGAUCGGAUCAUGGUGGAGUUUUUCACUCAAGGGGACAGGGAGCGCGACAAGGGCAUGGAGAUCAGUCCCAUGUGUGACAAACAUAACGCCUCCAUUGAGAAGACUCAGGUGGGUUUCAUCGAUUACAUCGUCCAUCCUCUUUGGGAGACGUGGGCCGACCUCGUUCACCCCGAUGCGCAAGAGAUCCUAGACACCUUGGAGGAUAACAGAGAGUGGUACCAGAGCAUGAUCCCCCGUAGUCCUUCGCCCAAUCCUGAAGGCCUGGAAGAAGGCGGAGUCACCGGAGAAGCAUCGCGAUUAUGCGCCGGCGCACCGUCCACCGACAAGUUCCAAUUCGAGCUGACCUUAGAGGAGGAGGAGGGAGAAUCUGAGACGGAGAGCCUGCCUGAGGAAGCAGAAGGUAACAGAGAGAGUCAAUCAUCCGGAACUGAUUCUGGCAGAGGCUUAGAUGCCAGAUCUGCUCAGCCGCUCCCUAAAACCAUCACUGCGGAUGCAACCAGGACGUUUUCUGCACACUGCAAUAAAGACGUGGCAGCAGAAAGUGGGACAGACACGGGAUCCGUCCGACUCGACACAUAGCACCCUUCCCAAGUUCCUUUUGCGUUUUUUUUCUUCUUGUGGGGGUUGGGGGGGGGGGGUUACUUUUCAUCUUGAUUUCAGUGCCUCAUCCGCUGCCACUCCGUUUCCCCGAGCCCCACACAAGCUUGACCUCGGGAGGAGCCUCGGGAUGAGGAGCACUUGGGUGCAACUGUGAAGCAAGUCUGCAAGUUGAAGCGGGCGCUUGCACUCAUGACAAAGAUCCCAGUAAAGGACGCUAAACCAUUUUUCUGACUGGCCGUUUCUGUUUCGCCAGUCAGACACACUGUUGAUAGGGGACCAUGUGACAAGAAAUACUCAUUCCACCACGAAAUUAAAUUGUCUUCCUCUUUUUGGAUUUUUUGUAAAUAUGCUGAGAAAGUGACGAAUGGCGUGAAAAACACAAUGACGUCAGCUUGAUUAGUUCGUCCACUUGAACUUGGCUAUGGUUACUUGAAGAGGUUUGCCUCAUUCAAGCGUGUUUCCCACGUUGUGACAAACAGCAGGGGGAGUCUCCCUGGCAAGAGGUUUUGCCAAACUAGCAAUUGAACAGUGUUGUUUUGUCUGGCCUUUGAAAUUCUUUGCUUUGUGAUGCUGUCUUUUCAUUGAGGUCGCUGUCACACCGGUGCAUGCGUGUCGGAGCCUGAAACUUAGCAGACAAAUUGGAGUGACUCCUGUCAGCCAUUGGAAGAAGAAUAUAAUACGAAUGAAUGACCACCAUUUUUUUUUAAACAUUGUGCCCUGCCUCCAGCUUGUUACCUCUACUUGUGUACUUGUGUGUAUCGGGCUAUGCAUUUGGUACCUGGGCCUUCAGGGACUUUUCCCACCUAAUCCAGCGUUUAAUAGCACUACUAUCACAGAACCAAAGCGCAGGUUAGCUGCCACCUACAUCAUCUGGAACAAUAGUUAUGUCAUGACCAAAAAUUUUUUGAAAACUUUCUAAAAUGUGUCAUACUCAUCAGGGUUGCUAAUGAUUUAACAUAUUAAUGAGUACACCUCGAUACUGAUUUGCAAGUCAAAGUUGACUCAACCAGUUUUGCUCUGACCAACCAAUCAGGACUGUCCAAUUCUUACAUCAUCAUUGAGGGCCAGUUCACUGGCCCUGGAAAGAUGAACUUGAGAAAUGAUUGGUUUAAUAUGUACUGAUCAAAAAAAUUAAGGGAACACUUGGAGUUACAUUGUGCUGUUUUAGUGUUACCUUUAUUUUGUUGAGUCGCUUAGUUUAAGAUACGCCAGAACUUUGGAUUCUGAAGACUUUAGAUUCUAACCCUAACCCUGGGUAGAUUCAUUUGUUAUACACUGUACAAUAAAAUAAAAUAACUUUCCAGGGGCUAAAACAAACAAAAGCAAACAAAAAAGACUAACUAAAAACACACAAAACAAACAGCAAAACAAAAAUGCUACAAGUAAGAAAGGCUGCAAAUGGCCAAACAGGAAUUAGACAAACAAAAAACAAACACAUAAAUGCAAUCAAAGCAAAAAAAGUGGACGCAAGUACUACAAACCACAAAAGAAAUGCAAAAAAACAAAACAAAACGCUGAGGAAAUCCAAAACAAGGUUCGGCCACUCAAGCUAAGUUUACCAGGUCACUAGGGGGCACUGUAGGACCAGUGCCGUGAGACCAAAUACCAGAUUCCCGCCGUUUUCUGCUCUCAGGUGAACGAACUUCUGUCCGUUGUCGAUUGUGUAAUUGUCUUGUGUUAAUAAGAUAUCUACAAGCUGUUAUAAAGAAACACCGGGUCAAACCACUAAGAUGCUCAACUAUAAUCUAGUAAAAGACAAUGUCAUACAUGUGUUUAAAGAACACGUACCUUUUGUUUUCUGCAAAAGACUGCCAAUGACAGGAGCUAUGAAUCAGGCAAUUCCGCUCAGGUCUUUACAAAGGAUGGCCUGGUGUGAACUUAUUUUUGAGUUGUGUUUUGGAUGUCAGCAACGUUUUUUCCCCAUUUGUUUUGUGGUUUGUAACCUUUGCUGCCACUUUGUUACUGUGAUACUAACAUUCUUUCAUAUGUGUGUGUGUGUCUGUGUGUGUGUGUGUGUGCGUGUGUGCGUGUGUGUGUGCGUGUGUGUGUGUGUGUGUGUUUGACAGCAUUCCUGUAUUUGUUUGAUCGUUUACAGUAAGGGUGCCCAAACUUUUUGGAUCGAAGAUCUACUUUUCGAUCAACUAACCUCCCGGGAUCUACCCUUACCGGCACACGCGCGCGCGCAAACACACACACACACACACACACACACGCACGCCAUGAUGAGAAACAGCCAGAAACUGAGGCAUGCGACACACUUUUGCAGCUUGUUAACUAUCGUAGCUCACACGUACCAUUUUAAAGUGCUUCCCUGGGCCCUCCUAGAUUCCUAUUCUUUGCCUGUGCCCCCGGUGAAUUGUACACGAAGCAAACUCUGAAUGAGAAUAAUGACAAUAAAAGAUAGAGCGCAACAGUUCUGAUCGCAAGCUGCAAUUGCAGACUACUGAGAGCUAACAACUUUUGCUGACGUAAUCACGCGCCACCGUAAAUUCAAGAUUGACCUGCUUUAUUUUAUUUUUUCAAUAUUUUUUGGGUGAAAAUGAGACUGAUAAGAUGAUUAGGGUGCAGCGUACAUGAACACAAAAAAAUGUAUUACUCACAUGUACAGAGACACACAUGGUUGUUUUUUUUUUUCUCCUCGACACUCCUCGGAUCUACUUGGGACCUGUCUUAGAUCUACCGGUAGAUCAGGAUCGACCUAAUGGGCACCCUUGGUUUACAGCAUUUCUUACUUAUAGCAUUUUUUUUUGCUGGUGUCUUGUUUUUAUUUAAUUUCCAUGUGUGUGUUUUUAGUUUAUUGCUUGUUUGUUUGUUUGUUUGUUUGUUUGCGGCAUUCUUUUGUUCGCAGCGCGUUUUUCCCUGUUGGCCACCGUACAGAGGCCAAAAUGUGUUUGGAGAAAAAAAAUUGAACAUCCACGUACACAC